AGUUGAACCAUCAACGUCAGCAAUCACUUCGCGUUGACAUCAUCUUGAUGGCUUCGUUGAACCGGCUCUUAGCCCGAAGUCGCGUGCCGAGACUCGCAAAUAUCCGCCGAUUCUCAGAGGCCGUGUCGCACCCCUCAAACCGGGUGCAGGCCUACGUGUCGCGCAGCUCAGAUCCGUACCUCAAUCUAUCAGUUGAGCACUAUCUGCUGCAAAAAUCUGCGCCAGAGUCCGUGGUCCUGUUUCUCUACACAAACAGCCCCUGCGUGGUCAUUGGGAGGAACCAGAAUCCGUGGCUGGAGGUCAACCUCGGCCUUUUGAACCGCGCCGGUCUCCUGGCCAAAACUCAGGGAAGCAGCGACGAUGCAGAUGAAGGCGUAGCUCUGGUGCGCCGGCGUUCCGGCGGCGGCACCGUCUUCCACGAUGAGGGAAACGUCAACUAUAGCGUCAUCUGCCCGUCAGCGGCCUUCGACCGGAACAAACACGCCGAGAUGGUGGUGCGGGCGCUGCGAAGCCUGGGCGCGGAGUCCACGCGCGUCAACGAGCGGCACGACAUUGUCCUGGACGUGUCCGCACUGGCCUCUUCGUCCGGUGGCGGAGCCGAGACGUACAAGAUCUCAGGGUCGGCGUACAAGCUGACGCGGCUACGGUCGCUGCACCACGGAACUUGCCUGCUUUCGACGCCGAACCUGAGCCGGAUAUCGCAGUUUUUGCGGUCGCCGGCGGAGCCGUUCUUGAAAUCGAGGGGUGUGGACAGUGUGAGGUCCAAGAUACAGAAUGUGAGGGUUGCGAAUCGCGAUUUUGAGGAGGCAGUCGUGGCGGAGUUUGGGGGCAUGUAUGGGGAUGUUGAUGCGGAGAUCAUCACUGCUGGGGAGGCGAGGCAUGUCCCGGACGUUAUGAAGGGUUAUGAAGAGCUGAAGUCGCCGAAGUGGAUAUACGAACAAACCCCUCGAUUCACCUUCGCAACGCAUCCUACGGAGGAAGACCCGAGGGAACGACCAGAUCUGCCCGACUAUCUCCCAAAGGAUUUCAAAGCAUCUCUAGUGGUACGCCACGGCGAGAUCGUUGAGGCAAACCUGUCAGGCAUCUCCUCGUCGUCCAUAGAGUCGGUGCAAGUUCACGAGGUGGGGGACUGGCGGGCUAUGAUCGGAGACUCGGCCGGGAGAUGGUUCAACGGCAUAUUUGGCGCCCAACCGGACCAAGAUAGAACCUUGGUGUGUACUCAUGAUGUACUAACAAGCUGAUAGACAUAGACCAAAGAUACCCCUGUACCAAUGGAAGCAGACGAGCUGGUCU